GCCAGUCAGAGGCAUCGUUAUUGAGGUUGGGCGGCCAAUCAGAAUGCUUCUUGUACACACUCCUCUGUCAGAGGUCAAACAUGGCGGCGUGCACAAGGAGGACGCAAGAAAUGAUGAGUUUGCUACGGAUUUUAAGAAGUUUUCCUCAGAACGAACGACUUCUGUCGACGUCUGUGAUGAGGCGCGCUGCGGCGUCAGAUGGACCUCCAAAAUUUACCCCUCCAGCCAAACCAGUUAUCAUAGACAAAACACAGAAAGAAGCAUCUCUGCGACGGUUUUUGAGUCCAGAGUUCAUCCCUCCUCGUCAACGCACAAACCCUGUGAAAUUUUCAGCAGAACGGAAAGACAUGAUACAGAGACGGAAAGUUCUCAACAUUCCAGAGUUUUAUGUUGGCAGUAUUUUAGCAGUGACCAUGACUGAUCCUCACGUGAAUGGGAACUUGAAUCGCUUCGUUGGAAUCUGCAUUCAGCGCUCUGGAAAAGGAUUGGGUGCUACUUUCAUACUUAGGAAUGUGGUCGAUGGCCAGGGAGUGGAGAUAUGCUAUGAGCUGUACAGUCCACGUGUGCGUAAGAUUGAAGUGUUAAAGCUGGAGAAGAGACUGGACGACAAUCUUAUGUACUUGAGAGAUGCUCUUCCUGAAUAUAGCACUUUUGACUUUGACAUGCAACCUGUCCAUUAUGAGAUAACAGGAGAUGUUCCAGUCAGUCAGUUAAAAGUAAAAAUGAAGCCAAAGCCGUGGUCUAAACGUUGGGAGCGUCCCAAGUUUAACAUUAGAGGUAUCCGCUUUGACCUAUGUUUGACCCCGGAGAUGAUGGAGCAUGCUCAGAAAUGGGCAGAACCGUGGAGGCCGUACGAUAUGCUGAAGGAAUAUGACACAUCAAGACUGGAGGAACAGAUCCUUAAGGAGGUACAGGAAAAUCUCAGAAAGUAAACAGACCAUAGAAACCACUUCCAGCCUGGACAGAGACAAUCCCUUUGAAGGGACAUAAGGCUGAAAGGAUCUGACUUUGGUGAGACACGCUGAUGUGGUUGUGAUUCUGGGGGUUUGCCUCAAAAUGGAUUCUGGAGAUACAUACGGAUGACAUGACAUACAUCUGAACUAUUCAUGUGUGUAUUUAACAUGCUUCUCAGCAGCUGAUGCUUAUCUACAAAUAACAAUCUUAAAUUAAAAUAAAUGCAAUCAUUUCUUUGCUGUUGUUUGUUGUCUUAUGUUUGUGUAAUUAGUGCCUGCAAAUGCAGUUGUGUAUGCACUGAUCCUAGCUUGCAAUUAGUUAUUCUAAGCAAUAGAGGGCAGCAGAGUACACUCAAAUGUAAAUUGAUAUCUGAAAAACAAAUAAGCAAAUAUCUUAAAUAAUUAUACCUCAG